CAGCUUCGUGCAAAUACUUCAUUCACGCAAUUCUGGUUUGUUGUGGAUCAUACAUGGCCGAUACAUCGCCGGAUUCACCAGAUUGGGCUUCACUACCGGCACACCUUCUGGAUACGAUCGGGGAGAAGUUGAUCGAUCUCUCCGAUUUCAUCCGCUUUUCCGUCGUCUGCAAACCCUGGUUGUACGCGGCGACCAUCGACAAUCAACUGAAGCAGCAACAUCGAGCCUUACUAGCACGCAAACAGAUCCCUAUGUUGAUGGUUCCCUCUUCCGAUCCCAAGGAUAACAACAGCGAUGGCGAAGGACAAGAAAAACGCAGUCUUUACAGUCUUACCCGCUGUAAGUUGUAUGAUUUUCAAUUAUCUCUUUCUUACAGAAAGAGGUGUUGUGGUUCUUCCCAUGGAUGGUUGGCUACUGUGGAGGACAAUUACGCUAUUACCCUUAUCAAUCCCUUCUCCGGUGUUUCUCCUAUUACUCUGCCCCCACUUAUGCAAGUUGAUUCAUACACAGAUUUUUCCGAAAUGGAGUAUGAUAUCGUUAAAGUUGUGUUAUCAGCUGAUCCGUACAUGGCUCCUGAUAGUUAUCAAGUAGCCGCUAUAUAUAGUAUCUUUAGUUUAGUAGCCCUCAUCAAAUCGGAUGAUGCAGCUUGGACUUAUAUUAGUAAAGAGCAAUUAAGUUUAGCCUCCGACGUUAUAUGUUAUGAAUCCCAAUUUCAUGUCAUAGAUGAAUGGUGUGGGUUGACAAAGAUCAAAUCUUUCUCCGGAAUAGACCACAGUAUUGAAUUGGAAGCUAUCAUUAAACCUGAUCUGACAUUACCGACAAUUCAAUCAUCCUAUCUUGUGGAGUCGUCGACUGGAGAGUUAUUGAACGUUGUACGUUAUCUUGAACAGAAGGAUGAGAUUGAUCAAUAUGUGACGUGGUAUUUUAAAGUUUACAAAUUGAGUAAUUCAAGUGAGCAACCUCAUCCAACAUGGGUUGAGAUCGAAAGCAUUGGUGGUGAUGCUUUGUUCUUAGGGGAUAAUUAUUCAUUCUCUUUACUGGCAUCCCAGUUCCCUGGUUGUUGGCCCAAUUCAAUUUACUUCACAGAUGACUUUAUCAUCGUUCAGCAUAUUAAGCCUCUUGGGCCUAGAGACAUGGGUAUCUUUAACCUAGUGGACAAGAGCUUCCGAAUGCACUACACCCAUGAUCCUUCCCAUAACGGUAUGCCACCACCCAUUUGGAUUGUGCCAACACCACUGGCAAAGUAAGUAUGAAUUAGUUCAAAAUUUAUGGUGUUCAAUGGUGAUAGAUCAGAGUAAGUUUAGUAUUAGUAAGAGGGGAUUGCACUGUACAAUUAGGGUUUUGCGGGUGUGUGCAGUGUUUAUUUUAAUAAUCUAAACUUUUUAUUUUUUUACAGCAAAUUGAGAUCAUUAACCGUUUCAAAAAUCAUAAAAAUCAGAUGUCAAUUACUACCCACUUGGAAUGAAUUUAUCUAUUGUAAAAGUGGAUUUGACAGAUUUGAUUCAAUAUCCAAAACAAUUUUUAUAAACCUAAAUGGAUUCUGAGCAAGUAUUAAUUGACAUCCGAUUUUGAUGAUUUUUGACCUAGUUAAUUUUCUCAAUGAGGUUUACAAAAAACAAACAGUUUUGAUCAUUAAAAUGGACCCUAAUCGUGCCUGCAAAAUAAAAGUGUACUGCAGAGAAGCCUCUUCCUACUUUAGUAGCAAUAAUAAAGCAGAACUCGUUUUGUAAGUGACUAUGAUAUUUAUGUUGAUGACAAAGAUGAUUAUGGUUA